UGUGCGUGCAGAUGCUGUUUGUUGAUGAUGGGGUUUUGUUUUUUGGAACCAGCGGACUUCGGGCAGAAAGAAACUUUACUGGUCACGAUACGCUGUAAAAAGAGCCUGCAAGAGAAACAAGAUUCAACCAUAUUUAAAAUUAACAUUUUCUUAUCCGUCUUCAUUGCUUCAGUUCCUCCAGCACAAUGUUUUCGGUGUUUCAAAAAGCCUUGCUGAUGGUUCUGGUGUGUGCGUGUGCCGACUCAAAUACGAUGAAUGUUACACAGAACCCGAUGACUGAAAAGCCUAUGAUGAUUGUUGAACCAAUGUUGGUAUAUAAUCCGGACAUAAUUAUUUCUGAUGAUGAUACAAUGAUCUACAAUGAUGAUGUAACCAGCAUCAACGGGACGGGGCUGCUGAAUGUAACCAGCAUCAACGGGACGGGGCUGCUGAAUGUAACCAGCAUCAAGAGGGUGGGAAUCUCAGAAGAAGCGCUGUUGUUUCUCAAAGGCUCUGUGUCCACCAUCCUCAUCCCUUCCUUCUACACACUGGUCUGCCUCAUCAGCUUGCCGAUCAACAUCUGUGCAGUGGUGGCCUUCACUCUGAGGAUCAAACCCAAGAAGCCGGCGGCCAUCUACAUGUUGAAUCUGGCCUGUGCCGAUUUGCUCUUUGCUGUGCUGCUCCCCUUCAAGAUCUCCUACCACUUUGGUGGCAACAACUGGAUAUUCGGCUCAGUCAUGUGCCACGUGGUCACCGCAGCCUUCUACUGGAACAUGUAUUGCUCUGUUCUGCUCAUAACUUGCAUCAGUGUGGACCGUCUCCUUGCUGUAGUCUAUCCUCUUGACUCUCUGCCUUGGAGGACGCCAGGGAACGCAAUCAUGGCCUGCGUCGCCAUGUGGAUAUUAUCCUUCGCUGGCACUGUGCCCCUUGUCCUCCACGAACAGACUUUUCCCCUCAGUCAGCUGAACAUCACCACCUGCCACGACGUCCAGUCUGUCCACAAGGUAAUCUGGUACUACAAGUUCUACUUCAUCGCCCUGUCCUGCGCCUUCUUCUUCCUGCCUCUGCUAAUCACAGUGGUGUCCUACACUCGUGUGAUCUGGGCACUGAGCAGGGUCCCACACAGCGUUCUAGGAUGUUCAGGCAGGAGAACAAGAGCAGUGGUGAUGGCUGGAACAGUGCUGCUGAUAUUUGUGCUGUGUUUCACACCCACACACUGUCUACUGAUGGCACACUAUCUGCAAUUUAAAGGAGGUGCUGAGGCGAUCCAAGAGACCAGCUCCUACGCAGCCUAUCUAGUUUUUAUGUGUUUAGGAAGUCUGAACUGCCUCCUGGAUCCCCUGGUCUACUACUUUGGCUCAUCCCAGUGCCAGAAACAACUAUCCAGCACACUGAGGUGUGAGAAGAUUUUGGAGGGCUGUAGUGGACAUUCCUUUCCUGGCCUCAGUAGUCGCUGAACUAGGAUGAGAACAACCUGAUCCUGUGACCUGCAGGUUGACCACCACCCAAUCUUCAUACCAUGAAAACUCGAUUUUUGAGACAAAAGGAAAACCAGGGUUUCUUCCAAACCACAUGCUUUCAAUCAGAUCAAAUACAUAUAUGACAAACACUGCAGAAUAGUCGGAUGGAUCUGUCUGGUCGACAGUGGUCAACAAGCAAUGACGCCCUGAACCCAUGCUCAAUUCAAUAACAAUGCUUCCUCUGCCUCUCUCUCUUCCAAGAGGUGGGGCAGUCACAGACGUAUGUCAUGAAACCACAUUCCAUUCUGUUCUGAAAACCAGCUCAUUUUAUUGAAUGACUGAAGCAAAGUGCAAAUAAUGUUGUCUGGAUUUGGUUAAUAUUGUUUUAUAACUGCUUUUUAGAUAAUUUGAUAGAAAUUCCAAAAGUGUUCCAGGUUUUAUGAAAUUUAAAUUGAGAAGCCUAUUAUAUAAAGUUAUUUACCUAUAGAAUGCAGCUAAACAUAUACCAUAUAACUAUACUGCAACUAGUAAUGUUAUCCUGUAUUCAAUUAAUGUUAGAUAUAUCAUGUUGUUAUAGUUGAUUACACUGUUGUAAUGAUUUUGUUAUAAUCUACAUUUGUGUAAUACACCUUCUGCUUGGCACACAUUUAUAUAUUAUAUUACAGAAUAUAACCUCACCUUAUAUUAGUAGAGCUACAAGAUUUGGCACAGAUUACUGAGCAUUUUUUGGGUAUAUUUCUUGAACACGCUUCUCUUAAACUUGAAAAUUCAUCAUAAACUUGAAAAAAUAUAUAAAAAAUAUCAGAAACCUGAAGACAGCCCUCUCCCAUAGGGCUGGGGUCUGCUUAAAGUAAAGAUCUGAUCUGGCCUGAUUGAUGAGAAUGAAAAGAAAAAUAAAUUGUAGACAUUGGUGUAGUUAGAUCCAUGCUGCCACCUACUGGUGAUAAAUGUGCUGUACUGAAUGUAUUCUAGUUAAGCUGUAAUUUGACACCAUUUUAAAGUUAGUUUUCUAAAGCAGAUAAAAUAAUUGGAAAUACUGAAUUAUGACACGACACACACACAGACACACAUGCAUUGGUGUUGUGCGGAGGUGAGAGUCUUGUGAGGCUGUGAAGGAACUACUGAGGAAAAGUUGACACAUUUAUUUUUAAUUAAUUUGUUUUACUAUGUAAAUCGUGUUCACAGUUUACAGGCGUGUAAAAGGUAUAUGAUGAUAAUCAACAACAAACUGCUUUAAAUAACCACUUACGCUUUAAACACUAAACUUACACCAGUGGCUACUAAAAUAAUGUCCCCUGAUAACUUACACUUAAAUGAGGUAUUAUCAAUUAUUAUCUGAUAUAUCAUCAAUAUUCAGGGCUUCGUCUUUGUCCGUCAUCAAGUCCAGAUAACUGUGGCGGAUGGAGGUUUUUUAUUAUUUACUUUAUUAUUCAUGUACAAACUUUAAUUACAUAUUUCAAUAG